ACAGUGCGACAGAAGUGAAAGGGAGAGCGCAGCAGCUUGCGGGAUAUCUAGCCUUGUGGUAGCGACUGAAGGAGCAAACAAGUCCUGCAGAGAUCUAGCCCGGCAGCCUUCUGGUAGGGAACCAUGUCGCCGGUGCACGUCCCGGAGGUCAGCGGCAGCGGCAACGGGUCCUCCCUGACCCUAAACCCGGUGCAGCGGGCGCUCAGCCGCCUCUCGUCGUCGUCGGCCAUGACGCCCAGGUCACCGCCGCCGUCCUACGGGAACAUCGUCACCGUGCUCAGCAUCGACGGAGGCGGCGUCCGUGGCAUCAUCCCCGGCACCAUCCUCGCCUUCCUCGAAGAAAAGCUCCAGGAGCUCGAUGGACCUGAGGUGAGGCUCGCGGACUACUUCGACGUGAUCGCCGGGACUAGCACCGGGGGGCUGGUGACGGCCAUGCUCACCGCGCCCAACGCCCAGGGCCGCCCGCUCUUCGCCGCCAAGGACAUCAACGACUUCUACCUCAAACACUGCCCCAAGAUCUUCCCUGCCGUCUACGGCGGCCCUCUGGGCCUGCUCAGGAGCAUCAGGGGCCCCAAGUACGACGGACAGUACCUCCACUCCGUCGUCAAAGACCUGCUCGGGAAGACGACGGUGAGCCAGGCGCUGCAGAACAUCGUCAUCCCCACCUUCGACAUCAAGCUGCUCCAGCCAACCAUCUUCUCCAGAUACGACGCCCUGAACGACGUCUCCAAGAACGCUCUCCUCUCCGACGUGUGCAUCAGCACGUCCGCCGCGCCUACUUACCUCCCCGGCCACCACUUUGAGACCAAGGACAAGGAUGGCAAGAUCCGGGCCUUCAACCUCAUCGACGGAGGCGUCGCUGCCAACAACCCGACGAUGCUGGCGAUGACGCACGUCAGCAAGCAGAUCCUCCUGGGCAACAAGGACUUCUUCCCCAUCAAGCCCGCCGACUUCGGCAGGUUCAUGGUGCUCUCGCUCGGCACCGGCUCCGCCAAGGUGGAGGAGAAGUACGACGCCGCCGCCUGCGGCAAGUGGGGCGUCCUCGGCUGGCUCUACAACGACGGCGCCUCGCCGCUCAUCGACAGCUUCAGCCAGGCCAGCGCCGACCUCGUCGACAUCCAGGCCUCCGUGCUCUUCCAGGCGCUGCACUGCGAGAAGCAGUACCUCCGCAUCCAGGACGACGAGCUCAACGGUGACACCUCCUCCGUCGACGUCUCCACGCCCGACAACCUCAACAGGCUCGUCGGAGUCGGAAAGGCGCUGCUCAAGAGGAGCGUCUGCAGGGUGGACGUCGAGACCGGCAAGAGCGUGCCCGACAACAACAGAGGCACCAACGAGGAGGAGCUCAUCGAGUUCGCCCGCAUGCUCUCUCAGGAGCGCAAGGCCAGGUUCCAGAAGAAAGGCGCAAGCGUCACACAGUAAAACAUCAUGCAUACUA